AUGAAAUAUCAACUUCGGAUGAAUAUCAACUUGGUGAUGAUGAUGAUGAUGGGAAGGAGUGGUAUUGGAUUAGGUACGAAGGUGUAUAAGGAUGGCGAAUCACGACAGCGUGUUCCCAUCAAUGUGAGGAGGUUGAUUGACCAGUGCCACUACCUCUUCCCAGCUGAAUUGGAUCCUGAUUUCUAUCCUCCUCAAGAGGUCGUCCAGAAGGUGGAGGAGGCCCUGGAUAGGCUAAGGGUCAUUCGAGGCCUUACUGAUGACCAAAUCCUAGGGUGGGAGGCUCAGCAUAACGCCGCAGUGGUCCUCCAAUCCCAUCUACGAUACCAUCUAGCGUCCAGAAAGCUAUUGGAGAGGAAUAGACUCGGGCAGAGGGCAGUCGAUUGGCUGGUGCUACUCCGCGAUACUGAGACCGCGGAUGACGUGUCUCCUGAGAUGAAGGAUGAUGAGGAUGGGGGUAAGUUGGGCACUUUGUAG